UACUGACGUCUGACGAGUAGCCGUCCGUGUCUACUUGGGAGUCGCGCGGCCGGUCGAAGCCUGGCAUCCCGUGUGCCUAGCUAAACUCGUUUCGCGCGUGCAUUUAAAACGAGAGGAGGAUCGCGGUAUGCAAUUAAACCGGAGUGCUUUCGACGGGCUGUUGUGAAAAUGUUCAGCUUGAAAUCGACGCAGGAAUCUCGAGUGGAGCGGAAACUUCGCAACUGGCCGCGAGCCGCCGUUUACCCGGUGUAAUAAUACCGGGAGAGACAGAGAGAGAGAGAGAACGCUCUCCGUCAGCUCGAGUUUUCUUGCCCUCUUUGUUCUCACCGAGAAGUGGUCACGGUUCCAUGUGCAAGUUCCAUUGUCUAAGGUCGCGAAGCACUCGAGCCCCGAUCCUCUUUCCUGCGCGAAGGUCGAUCCAGCUUCAACCCAAAUAAAGAAAAUUCCUCCCGGCAUUGUUAGAUCAGUCUCACGGUCGCACGUGUAGAGACACGGUUCACGCUUCUCGUUUCAGCUUCGUUAUUACAGUAAUUAACGCAUCCGUAACGCAUAAUUGGAGGCUCGUUCGCGAGACGUUCAAGGAUCGUUGCCUGACAUCGCAGUGACGAUGGCAUCGGGAAGAGAGAUUUACGGUGCAUUCAGUUUGAUCGUGGACGACGUGGAUUCUCAUUCGAUAUCGUGCGAGAGCCUGAAUCUGGACGGUCUGUCGAACGAGAGUAGCUCGUCGCAGACUCCCCUGGACAGUCCGGGUGGUCCCCGGGAAAAGAUCAAACAGAUGCAGGUGGAGGCCGAGACCAGGAGAGGAGAAUUCGCGAGGCUGCUCGAGGAACACGCUCAAGUGGUGAGGAAGUUGAAGCUGAUGGAGGCCGAGGAGCAACACUCGGGAACCGGGAACGUGGUGGGAGCUACGCACGCGUGAUUCCGAUCAGCGCGGUCGAAAAAAAAAAAUAGGAGAAGACAGUCUUAGGAUUGGGACCACCGCGCCUGACGCGCGCCACGUUCGAGUGCGACGGCAAAUUGGGAUUUUGCAGGAAUUACGUGCGCGAAUACUGGUAGUAGGAGCGUGCUAGGAAACUAUUUUUUAAACGUAUUCUACUGUAGUCGCGAAUCGAUCAAGUUUAAAACCGCGUCCGUUCGGGUUAGAGAAAUUACACCGAACGAGAACCGUAAAAAAAAAAUUAGGAGAGAGCUCUCUCAGUCGGCAACUGCUUAACUCCUAGAGGAUUCAAAUUGCGGCGCGAUGGUUAGUCCUUAAACGAGACAAGUCCGCUUCUCGCGAAGCAACGUCUGAGUAAUUAACGUGUAAAUGUGACGCGAACGACUAAACGGGUCUCGUUGUUCGGAGUUCACCGAGACAGGAACUAAUUAGCUCGAGGAGGUAAUCUCGAUUCGAUCACCAAGUCUGAAACACUUGUUCUUUACGACAAUAACGAUCAACAACACUCGGCGUAAAUUCGUUAAACGUUGUAACAAUUAACGAUGUACAUACACGGCAGAACUGGCUGGCCUAAACGUAGUACAAACUUUUAAAGGGACGAGGAUAAGGGCGUAGCGCUAACCAGAUUAGCGAGAAGCUUUAGUUUUACCACUGUUUUCGACGCGCUACCGUUUCCGACGACGUUUCCGAGCGGAACGUCGGUGACCGCGCGAAAGCGUAGUGCACGUCGGCGAAGUAGAAGCUUCUACGCUGUGCAGCGUUGUAUAUUUUGAGUGUUCCGUAUGUCUAAGCGAAUAGUUUUGUAUACCGUAAGCGUACACGUAGCGUAGGACUGUAAGCCUGCCGUAAUACGCGUCAAACGUUUUCUGUAAAUAGAUUGCUGUCUAUCGUCUAAGGGUGUUUAUCCACGAGAAGCCUUAAAGUAAAGUAGUCGAACGGUAACAAGAGUCAUCAAUCGAACACUCGGUUUCACGUGACUUUUUUUUUUUACUAUGAAACAGGAAAGAUUCGGUGAUUGAUCCCGAGUCGACAAACCAAAAGACCUUUCUUGUCUCUAUGUGCAUAUUGCGUCAGGUUUGUAUCCGUAUGAAAUAGGUAUUACUAGGCAUUUAUAAAAGUAUGCACACGUGUAAAGAGAUAUACAUACAAAAUAGGAACAUACGCGUACGUCGACCUUGCUACUGUUAAUCCUACAUCGUAAUAGAUCGAACAAACCCAUCCUUAUUAUAAUUCCCCGAUCGUCAUUGCGACUUUCGACAAAUUCAUUUUCGUACGAAAAAUCUAUAUUUUUUCAGAUCGACACGAAAGAAACGCGAGGUGAUCUGAAUUGAUCUUAGAAGGGCGUAGAAUAGAAAACUAUUUCUACCGUUAUAGAUAUUAGUUUGUAACAAUAACGUUUGUAGCAUACUGUUGAUGAAUAAAUGUUACGUUUUCAGUA